AGCCUUGUCUGGAACAUUUCACAACACUAAAACAUUACUUUCAUUUUUUUGACUUCUCAUUUUGGACUCCAACCGAAAUAAAUAAUUGAAUAUUAUGUUGUUUCUUAAGAAUAAGCAAGAGACAUUAGAUGUGACUGAUUACACAGUCAUUAUACCCAGCAUUUGCGUGGGAAAUGCGGCUCAGCUGGCGUGUGACCUGUUGAUUGCCUCCAAGCAGCUGAAGCGCAUUGGUUCCGUUUCACAUCCAGCGCUCAUACCGGUCUUCGGGCCCUCCGCCUACCAGCAUGAGCCCAACGAGAAGGUGUCAUCGUGUGAGCUGUACGAGGGUGUGGAGGACAAGCUGCUGGUCAUACAGUUCAGGGCUCCAUGGAUCGCGCGCCACACACGCAGCUUCCAGCAGCAAUUGGUGGAGCUUGUCAAGGGUGCGAAGCGGGUAAUUAUUCUCAGUGGCAGCUUUGGCUUUGAGAAACGGGUUAUUGAGGCAUCGCCGUGGGCCUAUCGUGCCAGCGAGAAUUUCAAGCUAGCCCACGCUGCCCAGCUGGGCGAUCCCGAUCUCAUCAAGUGGAAGGAGCACACCGGAGAGGCCAUCUAUGGUGGCGGCAACGCCUUGCAGCUGUUCCAGGCCUUCGACGAGGCUCAAGUGCAAGUCAUGCUGCUGUUCCGCUACCUCAUCGAGGGCGACAAUUCCACCGAUGCCAGUCUGAUCGUGCGAGAACUUAACGAGCUGUGCGAGGACUUCCUGCAGCUACGCGGCGGUGGCGAUGGUAGCUUCAAGUUGACCGUGCCCAAAUCCUGGAACCUGCUGUUUGGCAACGAUGUAACAGAGUUUCUCUUCUAGUUGUUUAUAUUUUGGACAAAUAAAUGUUUAAUCUUUCGGUGUA